AUGUCAUUUUCAACAAUUCUUCUUAUCCUCUCAAUUCUAAUUGCUUCAGAAGCACAUCCACAAUUUCGCAAAUUGGUAUGCAUAACGAAAGAUCUAUCCAGAAAAAAUGGCAAAGAAGCAUCAAAAUGUCAUUUAGUGUUGAAAGAUACGGAAUAUGAAGAACCAGGUCGAGCAGCACCGAAAGAAGCUGGAUGUUUUACGGAAAAAUACAACGCAACAAUCAGCCGUGUUUUUUGCGAUAUUUUCUGUCCCAAUGCCCAUACGGUCUUUCAUUCAGCAUUCGAACUAUUUCAUCCUUCUUGUUUUCAGUACCAUAAUUAUCAAUUGGUGGAGCGUGGAAACGACUGGUAUAUAUGGAGGUCUGAUCGGUGCUUGAAUUCAACGGCGACAUUUUAUUUCGGAUGCAAAUUCAACGAACCCUUCCGCAAGAAGUACCCAAAGGAUGGCGAAAUUUUUAAAAUUUUACAGGGCCGACGAAAAACUUAGUUCAAAUUCAAAAUAUACGCCCUGUUGAAUGUAACAUAUAGAAUUGUACUAACAGAAUUCGCAUGGUGAUCAUAAUGCUAUGUAUUUUGUGGAAGUUGGCGAUGAGAAAUAAAGCUGAA